AUGUCGCGCGCAGCCACCUCCGUGGAGCGCUGCCCCGAAAAGGGAGCGGAUCCAGAGCCCGGAGGCGCCACAUCGAAGGGAUCGAGAAACAACAGCUAUGUCUUAUGUGGGAUGCUCUCUGGUGUGAUCACGAAGACUAUUUGCGCUCCCUUCGACAGGAUUAGGCUGUUGUACCAGGUGCAACCGAUGUUUGCGCAGGUGAAUGCCAACAGCGGACAGCAUCCAGGAUCCUUCAAAUACCAGGGCGUGAUACGUACUGCACAGAAGAUCAUUGGGGAGGAAGGUAUAUGCGGCCUCUGGCGCGGUAACUUGAUGAAUACGAUUCGCGGUGGUCUGUGUUACGCUACCAAGUUCGGCAUCAACGACGGCGCUAAGGAGCGGCUUAGGACUCUGGCUGUGCUGCAAAACUGGUUUGAUCUGCGUGUGGAGCGGUCGGAAAACCCCGCACGAACGAAGGCGCAGAACACGGUCAUUCUAUCGCUACUGUCUGGAGCAUCCGCUGGCAUGCUGCAGAAAUGUUUAUCGUAUCCGCUCGACGUUAUGAGCGUGCGGAUGGCGCUGGGGGUCAACACGAAGGUGCUGAGCAACAACUGCACGUACAACAGCAUCCCCGACUGCUUCUUUAAGAUUCUACGCUCUGAAGGCAUCCGCGGAUUUUUUAAAGGGUUCUUCCCCACACUGUGCACAGGCGUGCCUUACGUGGCGCUACAGAUGUCAUUUUUCGACUUUUACAAGAAGAAGCUCACCGCCGCAUGCGGAUUUGAUAAGGAGCAUCUUAACAUAAAGCAGGUGGCGUUUAUUUCGUCGCUUGCCGGAUCAGCCGCUGGCUUCUCCGCGUUGUGUAUCGUAUUUCCAGGCGACACCGUGCGAAAGCGGAUGAUGAACAACGCUAUAUCCGACGAGAAAAGGCUCUACAGAAAUGCACGACACUGCGUCAAGUACAUCUUUCGCAACGAAGGAAUCUUGGCCUUCUACUACGGCCUUUUCCCGUCUCUACUGAAGUCGCUACCGUCCGGUGCGCUGCAGUUUGUGAUGUACGAGGUUCUCAAGCACCUAAUGAAUAAGCCUUAG